AUGUACAACUUGUGGCGUGCUCGAAAUGUUUCUCUAAUUCGUCUGGCUGUGAGAAUGGCUCAACAAGAACAGCAACGUUUUGCUAAUCGAUUAGCAAACGAAAAAUCUUCUUAUCUUCAACAACAUGCUCAUAAUCCAGUGAACUGGUAUCCGUGGUGUAAAGACGCAUUUGAAAAGUCGCGUCAAGAAAACAAACCAAUAUUUCUUUCCAUUGGAUAUAGCACAUGCCAUUGGUGUCAUGUCAUGGAACACGAAUCGUUCGAAAACGCCGAAAUUGCUAAAAUUCUCAAUGAUCAUUACAUUUCAAUCAAAGUUGAUCGAGAAGAACGACCGGAUGUCGAUCGGGUCUACAUGACAUAUCUUCAAGUAAGCAGUACUGGUUCGUUUCAAAUCUUUUUAGUUUUUAUUUACGAAGAGGCAACAAAAGGUGGUGGUGGUGGUUGGCCAUUAUCAGUCUGGCUCACUCCACAAUUGCAACCUUUCUUCUCCGGCACUUAUUUUCCACCAACAAGUGAACAUCAAUACGGUCGUCCAGGUUUCAAAGAAAUCUUACUGAAAUUAAACGAAGCAUGGCGAACAAAAUCAAAGGAUAUUAUCGAUGGAAGUAAAGAUGCAAUACAACAAUUAACAACUGCGAUGGAAAAACAGUCUGCUAGUUCAGAGAACAACUCUGAUGUUAUCACCAAUACGAGUAUACAGACGUGUUUCGCAUACUUUGCUAAUGAUUUCGAUGAUGAUCAUGGCGGAUUUGGUACAAGUCCAAAGUUUCCACAACCUGUUAACUUUAACUUUUUAUUAACGCAUGCCGUCGUAAGUCAUCAAUCGAAAGGAAAACCUGAUACAGCUAAACUAGCUAUCGAUAUGACACAAUUGACAUUGAAGAAAAUGGCUCUCGGCGGCAUCAAUGAUCAAUUAGGGAAAGGUUUCCAUCGAUAUUCAACUGAUAAGCGAUGGCAUGUGCCACAUUUUGAAAAGAUGCUAUAUGAUCAAGGACAAAUCGCUGUGGCAUUAGCAGAUACAUAUGCAAUUACUAAAGAUGAACUUAUCGGUGAAACACUGCGAGAUUUAAUUUCGUAUGUUCAACGUGAUCUAUGUCAUAGUCAACAUGGAGGUUUCUAUUGCGCCGAAGAUGCGGAUUCAUUGCCAACAAAAGUUGAUAAAAGGAAAAAAGAAGGUGCUUUUUAUGUUUGGAGUUAUGAUGAACUAUAUCAGCUAUUGCCAGAAAAAAAUGCACAAAUCUUCAGUUAUUACUAUCAAUGCAAGAAAAAUGGUAAUGUUGAUCCUAUGCAAGACCCGCAUGACGAAUUGAAAAAUCAAAAUGUUCUGAUUACCGAUGGUAAUCUCCAAGCUACCGUUGAAAAGUUCCAACUUGCCAAUACGAAUGAAUUGAAAAAGAUCUUAGCUGAGUGCCACCAGAUUCUUUUAACAUACCGAAAUGAAAAUCGACCACGACCACAUCGUGAUGAGAAAUUUCUCGCAUCGUGGAAUGGCUUGAUGAUAAGUGGUUUAGCUCGCGCUGCUUGUGUAUUACAAGAACGAAAAUAUACUCAACUUGCCGAACAAGCUAUGAAUUUUAUUCGCACUCAUUUGAUCGAUCCAGCAACACAAAGACUUCUGCGUGCAUGUUAUAUCGAUCAAAAGACGCAUGAAAUUCAAUAUACAGAUUCGAAAGUGAAUGGAUUCUUAGAUGAUUAUGCUUUUGUUAUUCAAGCUUGUAUUGAUCUAUACGAAACGAACUUCGAUGAAGAAUUAUUAUUAUUCGCAUAUGAUUUACAAAAGCAGCAAGAUGAGUUCUUUUGGGAUUCAAAUAAAAAUCGAUAUUUAAGCACAGAUGGCAAAGAUAUUUCCAUUAUUUUACGUCUUUCCGAAGAUCAUGAUGGCGCUGAACCAUCACCAAAUGCAAUAGCAUCUCUCAAUCUUCUGCGUCUCGGUCAUUACCUCGCUGACACCUCACUCCACGAUCGUCUUCGACUAUUAUUCAAAUCUUAUUCUCGUCAAUUGAGUAAAGUGCCAAUGACGAUGCCAACAAUGAUCCGUUGUUUUGAAAUGUACACACAAGGUAUGAAUGAAAUUGUUAUUCAAUCAUCAAACAGCGAAGAAAUCGAUCGAUACAUUCAAACAUCCUAUCUUCCGAAUAAGAUCAUCAUCAAUUUAAGUAAGCCAAAUCAUAAGUUGCUUCAAUACAACAAGCACUUAACAUCGUUUAUGGAUGGAACAAAUGAACAGACACGUAUUUUCCUUUGUAAAAAUUUUCAAUGUCAAUUGCCUGUAACAUCUUUUGAAGAUUUUAAACAAAAACUAGACCCUUUAAUUUUAACAUACAAAUAA